UAUAUAGUGGUGGAGAGCAGGUAGGAGUGGUAUUUGGGAUUCUCCAACCAAACCCAAUAAUAAUAACAACAAAAACAAACAUCCACGCACGCACCCUUCUUCGCCUCUCCUCUCCAUCUGUCCAUACUAACUACCACAACGACCCUUUCAAUUUUCUAAGAAAAUUAGGACAAAAAAUCAAAAAAGAAUCACCCCACCAAACAAAAACAUGUAUCCCCUUCCCCUCCUCCACCUCCACUUUCCGGUUUGCAUGUUUUCCGCACCGCGUUUCCCAAAUUUCCUAUCAUUCCAUUUCCAUCCUCUUUCUCUCUUCCCCCCUCUCUCUUUCUUGUCAAGUUUUUUCUGAGAAUUUCACCAACCAAAUCAUACACAUUCUCACAGCUGCUGCAAUGGAUUCUGAUCAGAAAGAUAAGGCGCCCCUUCCUGAAACUCUCAUGGAUAUUGCUGAUCAGAAAGACAAGGCGCCCCUUCCUGAAACUCCCCUGGAUGCUGCAGACAACCACAAACCCGGCCUUCCUGAGAAUGAAAAUCCCCCCCCUGAAAAUAUCAAGAAAGACACCCACGACAACAGCAACCACCCUGAAAAUUCCGAGGCUCAUGAUCAACAUGAUCUCCAGCAAAACCAUGGAGUUGAUGAUGCCGCCUCAUCCCCGAAACCAGGACCUGAGGAUCCUGAUCCCAACAUUGAAAACGCCGAGUAUUCGGAGGUCAAAUGGGAACAUGAAGAACCAGCCCAACUAAACAACAAAGAAGAAUCCAUCCCUUUGCCUCCUGAUCUCAACAAACUUUCUCAAGACAUUGAUCAAUUUCUUUCCUCUUUGUCUAACCUCUCAGAAGGCGGUCAGUCCACCCCGCCUGAUUUGCCCAUUUUCGUCGAGCAAUUCAUGGUUCUGGUUGAAGCUAAGAUCGAAGAAUACGAUUCGGGGGAUAUCCCUGUGAAAUGGGAUCGACUGACUGUGGAAGAGUCAGCUUCAUAUCUUGAAGCCGUGAAUCGAGUUUCUUCCGUCUCAAAAGCGCUUUCAAAAUUCUCCUCGGAACACAAGUACGCUUCUUCCAUCAACGACUUUGGAAGGAUUCUCCAGCGGGCAAUGUCGUAUGUGGAGGAGGAAUUCAAGCUACUCCUUGAAGAUCAUAAGAUCCAUGAUUCAUCAGAUCAUCCGAGUAAUAAAACUAAUGAUUCAAAGCAUAAGCAGUCUCCUAAUCAAGAAUCAGAUGAAAACCCGCACCAUGAAUCCUCACCUCCGGAAGAAACCAAUAUUUCAGGAUACUCAGAAGAGAUUCUAUCAGACUUGAUCAGGUUAUCAAAGGCAAUGAUCACCGGAGGCUAUGAAGCCGAGUGUUGCCAGGUGUACUAUGUGGUAAGAAGAAAUGCACUGGAAGAGAACCUUAACAAGCUUGGAUUCGAGAAACACAGUAUCGAUGAUGUGCAUAAGAUGUCCUGGGAAUCAAUGGAGAGGGAGACUGAGUCCUGGAUCAAAACAUUCAAGCAAAUAGCCAACUUGCACUUUUCCAGCGAACGCAAGCUCUCUGAAGCUGUGUUCUCAGAUUAUCCUUCAAUAUCUCACAACUUGUUGGGCAGCUUGUCUCAUGGUGUAACCCUUCAAUUCCUCAACUUUGCCGAGGGCGUUGCUUUGACAAAGCGGGCUGGGGAGAAGCUGUUCAAGUUUCUUGAUAUAUAUGAGAUUCUGAGGGAUACGCUCCCAGUGAUUGAUAACUUGUUCCCAGAAGAGUGGGCGGCGGAGCUUAAAACUGAGGCUUCAAGUAUAAGAAGCCACCUUGGGGAGGCCAUGAUUUCGAUUUUCAACGAGCUGGAAAACUCAAUCAAGGCUGAUUCAGGAAAGACUCCUACUAAAUACAUCAUGAAUUACCUGGAAUACGCGUGCGAGUACAAAGGAACCCUGGAGCAAGUGUUCAGGGAGCAUCAGAAGAUCGAAAGAGCAGAUUCAAACCCCGGAUCAGAAUACGAUUACAACUCACAAACUCAGAAUCCCAGCAACGAGAAAGUAGUAGCAAGGCAACCUCCAUUUCAAGCGCAGAUAAUAAAGAUAAUGGAGUUGCUGGAUGCAAAUGUUGAGGGAAAAUCAAAGCUUUACAAGGACCCUUCAUUGAGCUCGAUUUUCAUGAUGAACAAUGGGAGGUACAUUUUGAAGAAGAUAAAAGGGUCAGCUGACCUCAACAGCCUGAUGGGGGAGACGUGGUAUAGAAAAAAGUCAUCGGAUCUGAGGCAAUAUCAUAAAGGGUAUCAGCGGGAAACGUGGGGGAAAUUGUUGAACUGUCUGCACCCAGAGGGGUUGACGGUGAAUGGGAAAGUAGUGAAGCCAGUGCUUAAGGAGAGAUUCAAGAGCUUCAACGCGAUGUUCGAUGAAAUACACAGGACACAGAGCAACUGGGUGGUUGGGGAUGAGCAGCUUCAGUCGGAGCUGAGAGUUUCCAUCUCAAACAUGGUAAUUCCGGCUUACAGGUCAUUCUUGGGAAGGUACAGCCAGACAUUUACGCCGGGGAGACAAACCGAGAAGUACGUAAAGUUUCAGGCAGAAGAUAUUGAAACGUAUAUUGACGAUCUGUUUGACGGGAAGAAAGUGUAAUAUUAGUUGAGGAGGAGAAAUAAUGAAUUAAUGGUGGGAAUGGCGGAGUGGUGUUGUACGUAUAAAGAAGAUAUAUAGGAGGACGUGUAAUGGAUUGGAUGCAGAAGCCGACAAACAGCAAGCAAAUUAAUAUGAGGGUAGUACGUGAGUCAUCAGUAAUAUUCAGGCAUGAUGCCUGCCGCCAAUUAGCUUUAUAUAUAUAUAUAUAUAAUCUUCCUGAUCAGCUUUAUAUAUAUAUAUAUGUAUAUAAUUAGCUUAAGGCAGGUAAUUGAUGACCAUAAUGAUGAUUAUAUAUUAAUUAAUUUCUUCUGAGGCCAUAACAGCGUUAUAUAC